AUGUUUAAUUUAUUUUAUUUUUUUAUUUUUCUUUCUUCAUUUAAUUUCCUCUCUUUUUGCGAAUUUUCAUUAUUUCUACUUUUCGUUUCAUUUAUUUUUGCUUUUUCUUUCCUUCUUUCUUUUCUUUCUUUCUUUCUUUCUUUCUCUUUUACUUUCUUCAUUUUUUUCUUUCUUUAUUUGUUUUUUCCCUCUUUCUUUCUUUCUUUCUUUCUUUCUCUUUUCCUUUCUUUGGUUCUCUCUUUUAAUAUUUCUUUUUCUAUUUUGGCUUUGUUUCUUCCUAUUUUUCUUUUAUUUUCAUUUCUUUCAUUACUUUCUUCAUUCUCUUUAACUUUCUUUCUCUUCUUUCUUUCUUCAUUUCUUUCAUUCUUUCUUUUUACUAUUUUUCUUUGUUUCUUUGUUUCUCUUUUUCGUUUUCUUUCUUUUUUCUUUGCUUUCUUCUUUCUUUCUUUUUCUUCUCUCUUUCUUCAUUUCUCUUCUUUUCUUUUGCUCUUUCUUUUUUACUGUUUUUCUUUGUUUCUUUGUUUGUUCUUUCUUUUUCUUUCUUUGUCUUUCUCCUCUUACUCUUCUUUCUUUUUGAUUUCUUUUUCUUUUUUUGAUUUUAUUUUUACGAUUUUUCUUUCAUUGUUUGCUUGUGUCUUUCUUUCUUUCUUUCUUUCUUUCUUUCUUUCUUUCUUUCUUUCUUUCUAG